CCUAAAAACAUCAAGACAUCAAACAUAACCUCAACUAUUUAAUCAAAAAUUGAUUCAAAAUUUGAAAAAAGCUUAUAAUAAACAUGUCCGUUGUGGUUGAAACCACCUUAGGAGACAUAACAAUCGAUCUCUUCAUAAAAGAACGCCCCCGAGCGAGUUUAAAUUUCCUCAAACUAUGUAAAAUCAAAUACUACAAUUACAACCUAUUUCACACAAUAAGUAGAGGUUUUAUAGCCCAAACUGGCGAUCCGACGGGUUCAAGAAACGGUGGCGAAUCAAUCCACGGAGUUAUUGAGGGUCCUUUAAAACGUUACUUCCAAUCGGAGAAAAUGCCCAGGAUCAAACACACAAUUCCGGGGUUGGUUUCUUUCGUGGGGAAUGAAGAUGGGAUGUUGGGGAGUCAAUUUUUUAUAACCCUUGGAACGGAUUUGAUGUAUUUAGACGAGCAGCAUUGCGUUUUUGGGGAAGUUGUUGAAGGAUUGGAUAUUUUAGAUAUUUUAAACGAAACAAUUUGUGAUCAAGAUAAUCGGCCGUAUCAAGAUGUGAGGAUUACUCAUACUGUGGUGUUAGACGAUCCUUUUCCUGAUCCCGAGGGGUUAAUUGUUCCAGAAAGAUCGCCUUCACCAUCAGCGGAGCGAUUGCAAGGUGGGAGAAUUGCCCCCGAUGAAGAAAUCGACGAAACAGAGGGCAAAUCGGCCCAAGAAAUCAACGAAAUCGUAGCCGAUAAAUUAGCGAAAGCGGGGGCAACGAUUUUAGAGAUGAUCGGGGAUAUCCCCGACGCGGAUAUGACUCCCCCGGAAAACGUUCUUUUCAUUUGCAAAUUAAAUCCGGUUACAACAGACGAAGAUCUUAACAUAAUCUUCAGCAGAUUUGGAAAGAUUAAUUCGUGCGAAGUUAUAAGAGAUAGAAAAACCGGGGAAUCCCUUCAAUAUGCUUUCGUUGAAUUCGACGAACAAAAAUCAUGCGAAGAUGCUUAUUUUAAAAUGGAUAAUGUUCUUAUUGACGAUCGGAGAAUUCACGUUGAUUUCUCACAAUCGGUUGCUAAAGUUAAAUGGCUUGGAAAAGGCAAAGGGGUUAUUAAUUAUGAUAGUAAAAGAAACGAUUUGGGGAAAGGAAGAUAUUUAAGAAAUGAAAGCUUCAAAAAUGAGAAAAAAAAGUCUAAAAAUAAACGUAUUGAAGAAGAACGCUAUAAGAGAGAUAGAAAGUCAAAUUAUGAGUCAUCAAGAAAUCAAAGCACUUCAAGAAAUAGCUCUAAAAGUAGGGAAAGAAAUCGAUAUUACGAAACGUCAAGUAGAAAUAAAGUUUAUGAUGAUAAUAAAAGAUAUAAAAGUUACAAAGAGAAAGAGAGGAGAUUAAAAAAUGAUGAUGAUGAUAAAAAGGAUGUGAGAAGAAAUGUAAAAUCAAGAACUUCAGGGAGGUAUAAAAAGAAUGAGGAAAAAUCAAGGAGGAAAAGGAGCUCUUCCAAAGAUAGUUUGAGUUCAUCUUCCAGUGGGAGUGACUCUGAUUGCAGUACAAGUAGUGAGAAGAAAUAUAAAAAAAAUAAGAAGAAUAAAAAGGAUAAGAAAAAACCGAAAACGAAGAAAGCAAAGAGAUAGUUUUAAUUAAUUUGAAAUAAGCAAUGUAUUUUAAUUAAAUAAAUGUAAGCAAACUAAA